CUUACAGAUGCGGAGGCACCUGGUGUGCUACACUGGAAAUGGUUGGCCGACAGAAUAUGCGACGCACGCCUUCCGUCCCAGCGCCACUCCCUAUGUUACCACAUAAGUCGGUUUUUGCUGCUGUUACCGUGCUUACUCUCUUUUUCUAUCAUUUGGCGCUCACGGUACUUACGCUCCGUGUCGACCCAACGCCACGUGAAGUCGUUACUCUCCUAGUACCCGGCUCGUGUUCGAACCUCCUCAACCUGGCUAUGGUCCUUUCCAAAGGCUUCUGCUUACACUGGAGCAUACCUACACGACUUGCAUGCAAGCGGCCGGCCGAGUGCUAUGCUAUCACUGUUCUUGCGUAGCCCGCAUUACGACGCAUACCUCGAGCAAAAGGAUUGGGUGGCAAACGCUUUUGAUUGGCGAUACAGACUGGUAUUCCGGAGCACAGGCUAUGUCUGGCAAAGCUCGCUUCGUCCAGCGCGCCGCCCAAGUUCCGCUUUACUGACCCUCCCCCGGCUGGAUUUGGCAUGGCGAGGCGGCUGCCUACGACGAGAUUCUGAUGAUGGCAGAGCUGG